UUGUCACUUGUUCUGAACGACAUGUGGCGCUAUUUUCACACUUUACUCCCUUUACCAACAACACCGUGUUUUAUGACACAUUUACACAGACAUAACGCAUCUCAGACUCACUCACGUCUAUCUACCAGACCUGUUUGGACCUUCUCACGGACAACAUGAGGCUUCGUGAUGAACUCCUGAAGACAAUAUGGCACGCCUUCACAGCACUGGACGUGGAUCACCGUGGAAAAGUUUUAAAGUCUCAGUUAAAGGUGCUGUCUCACAAUCUGUGCACAGUCAUGAAGGUCCCCAUUGACCAUGUGGCCCUUGAACAACAUUUCAAAGACGAUGACGAAGGGCCUCUGUCCAACUACGGAUACAUGCCUUACCUCAACAGGUUUAUUCUUGACAAGGUGCAAAAGAAUUUUGAUGUACUAGAGUUCAACAAGAUGUGCUGGACUCUGUGUUACAAGAAAAGUAUCUGCACCAAACGCCUGCUCAUCUCAGAUGACGAUGCUUUCAAAGUCUGGUGCAUUUUCAACUUUUUAUCAGAGGACACAUACCCGCUGGUGAUCGUUACUGAAGAGAUUGAGUACUUCCUAAGAAAGCUGACAGAGGCCAUGAGGAGCGGAUGGGUCGAGGAGAAGUUUGCUGAGUACAAGCUGCAGCUGCAUGCAAAGAAGGAGUGCCUGACUGUCUGGGAGCUGAUUGAACUAGUGGGGAUAAGUUACUUUAACAAGUCCAUGGACCGUCAGACCAUUUCCUUGGGCAUUAAUGAGGUCUACCAGGAGCUCAUACUGGACGUGCUUAAGCAGGGCUACAUGAUGAAAAAGGGCCACAAAAGGAAGAACUGGACAGAGCGCUGGUUUGUGCUUCAACCAAACUUUCUGUCGUACUACGUCUGUGAGGAUAUGAUGGAGCAAAAAGGAGAAAUCAUCCUGGACCAAAACUGUUGUGUGGAGUCUCUGCUGGAUAAAGAGGGGAAGAAAUGUCUGUUCAUCAUCAAGUGCAGUGAUAAAAGCCUUGAGAUUUGUGCAUCUGAUAAGAAGAUGAAACAAGAAUGGAUUCAAGCUAUCCAAAAUUGUAUCCAGCUGCUGAGGUCGGGUCUGCUGUCUCCUCCCCGUGAGGCUCGGUUGAGGCGCAAGGAGCUUCGCCAGAGGAAGCAGGCGGAGGAGGAGGACCUGAUGGAGAGGAUGAAGCAACUCCAGACAGCCAAUGAGCUCAAGCAGAGACAGCUGGAAGAGAUGAGAGAGAAAAUGGAAGAGGCUGAGGCCAAAGCCGCGGUCGAGGAGCAGAGGAGGAACAAGACUCAGUUAGACCUGCAGGAUCGCUACAAAAUGGACCUGGAGAGAGAGAAAAUGGUGCGUCAGCAGAUGGAGGAGCAGGUGGCUCAAAAGUCAAAUGAACUGGAGCAGUACCUGCAGCGUGUCCGGGAGCUGGAGGACAUGUACCACCAACUGGAGGAGGCGUUAGAGGACGAGAGACAGGCCAAGCAGGACGAAGAGGCCAUGCACAAACUGCAGGCCAGGCUGCUGGAGGAGGAGGCAGCAAAGAGGGCUGAGUUGGAGCAGAUCCACCUGCAGCAGCAGAGGGCGCUGUGUCAGACCGAGGCUGAGAAACAGGAGCUGGUGGCUGAGCAGCUGGCCAAGGAGAGAGACCUGCAGGCGGCCACGCUGCAGCUGGAAAGACUGGAGAAGGAGCGGAGAGGAGCACUGGAGCAAUAUGAGGAGGUGUCUAGAAAGCUUGAGCGAGCAGCAAACAAGACCAAAACCUGGAAGGACAAGGUGACCAAACAUGAGGGGCUGGUGCGUCUCAUCCAGCCAGGUCAUAAAAAUCCAGUGAUAAUGACUAACUGGGGUCCUGCUUCUGUUACCAACACUGAACUGGAGCUGAAGAAGAAGCUGUGGCAGGAGAAGAAGAAUCAGGAAGCUCAGGCUCAGACACAGUGAACAUGACGGCUGGAUCAGGUUGAUGAUGUAUAAUCUGAUGGUUGAAAACGCCACAUCUGUGGAUUUGAAGAGGUUUGACACAUUAGUGAAAAAGAAACCAGCAGAAAAGUGAUUUAAUUUGUGUUGAUUUUAAAAAGUAAGUUACUAAAUUUCACCACUUUGCUUCUGUAACAAAAAUGCCUUUACAGUAUUGAAAUGUUAUUUUUUUACCUGAAAAUUAAUCUUAUGUAAGGUCGGCUUGCUGGCUUUUCUGCAGCAUUUUCUCCUUCAGGACAUGUGGUUUGAGUGAAUUAGCUUCAACAAAAAAGAAGCAAAAGAGCCCUUACAUUUUUAUUGUUUAAUAAACAUUUCAUAUUUUAACAGUUUUUUAUUGAGUACACAUUUUACUUAAUUUUCUGUGUUAAAUUUAACUACUGUACUUGUUCUUCUUUAUAUGUCUCAUAAAGAUGAUGUUACACAGUAAGUUUAAAGCUGUGGUUCUCAGCUGGUCAAGGAUCAGGACCCACCAACAACUCCUGAAGGACACACUGUAACCUAAAUUCUUUAAAUUUUCCAAUCAGCUUAUUUUCUUCAGUGAACAGUGGGGAAGUUUAGACCUGAGAUGGAAGAAGAGGUGGGACAGAGCACAGAGAUGGAGACAUAUCCUUCAAAAUAAAAGUACACAUGUUUUUUCCAGGACCCACUUUUUGGUCCCAUCCCACCAGUUGAGAACCAAGACCUAAAAGGUUGAUAAACUUCCACUGUAUUUAAGUUUACCUGCAGAUAUAACAGCCCUAGCUUUAAUCUUAAAAAUGCAAUAAAAAAAACUAUUUUUGUGAA